UAAAACCUUCUUCGGUUGAAAGGCUCUUUCUCUUCUUUUUUCUCUUUUUUUCAACUUUAUCCAUUUCUCGUGUUUCCUCCAAAACAAGCGCAGAUUUUUUUUUUCAGGAAACCCAAAGUAAUUUGCUGGAAAAUGUCGGGGAAAGGGGCGAAAAGGUUGAUUACGGGUGGCAAAUCCACGAAGGACAAAGACAAGGAUAAGAAGAAACGUGUCCCCUGCUCUUUUCGCACUAGUCUUCAGUUCCCAGUGGGUCGUGUCCAUCGACUGCUGAAGACAAGGGUUAAUGCAAAUGGAAGGGUCGGAGCAACAGCUGCUGUUUACACAGCUGCCUUACUGGAGUACCUGACUGCAGAAGUGUUAGAACUGACAGGUAAUGCAAGCAAGGAUCUGAAGGUUAAGCGUAUUACGGCUAGGCAUUUGCAGCUUGCUAUCCGGGGUGAUGAAGAACUCGACACCUUGAUCAAGGGAACCAUAGCAGGCGGUGGUGUUAUCCCCCAUAUUCACAAAUCACUUAUCAACAAAUCCUCUAAGGAGUAGUUUAUGUAAUUGAUCUCUUUUCGUUUUUGUCUGUACCCACAAACCUCAGCUUGUUUCCAGACAAGGUGGAUACGUGUUUUCCAGUAGCUAAUAAUGGCGAUUCAGGAUUUGAAUUAGAAAGAUGGCUUCAAAUUGCAAUUCUCGUACAAACUGCUGAUAUUUUACACACAAGCAUUCGUAAAAUACUCCGUUACAUCUUAGCAAAGGUGUAAAACGGAUUAAGCAGAUACGGUUUGACACGAUAUGAAUUGUGUUUAAUAAGAUUCAUUAUUAAAUAAUCAAGUUGGAUAGGCAUGAUGUUAGUUAUGUUUGACAAGAUCCGUUAUUAAAUAAUUUAGUUGGAUCAAAUUUGACACAAUUUGGCCAGGUAAAGGAUUUUGGGUUUGGAAUAUGUUGAGGGCUAAUGCUAAUACGUGGCAAGCUAACAACACAGCACG